AAUGAAGGUCCUGGUUCUGCUACUUCUGUUGGGGUUCCCCUUCUGCGCUCAGUCUUUGAAUCCAGAAGACCCCAACGUCUGCAGUCACUGGGAAAGUUAUACUGUCACGGUGCAGGAGUCCUACGCACACCCAUUCAAUCAGAUCUACUACACCAGAUGCACAGACAUCCUGAACUGGUUCAAAUGCACCAAGCACAGGAUAAGUUACAAAACUGCAUAUCGGCGGGGUGUGAGAACAAUGUACCGACGGCGUUCUCAAUGUUGCCCUGGUUACUAUGAGAGUGGAGAUCUGUGUGUCCCGCUGUGUACUGCAGAAUGUGCUCACGGUCGCUGUGUGUCUCCUGACACGUGUCAGUGUGAACCAGGCUGGGGCGGACUGGACUGCUCAAGUGGUGAGUGGAGAGAUACAUUAAUGCGUAUACAUGUGUGGAUGUUGUGGUGCCCCAAGCUGCUCUUGGGGUCCCACUAG